AUGACCGCAUUCAAUCGAACAGCAUUAGAAGAAGUAUUAAAGAAACGCUUUUUCUACGCGCCUUCAUUCCAAGCCUAUGGUGGCGUUGCCGGUCUUUAUGACUAUGGUCCUCCAGGCUGCGCACUUCAAGCUAAUAUCAUUGAUUUAUGGCGCAAGCAUUUUGUGUUAGAAGAAGAAAUGCUUGAAAUGGAUGGUAGUAUUAUGACACCAGCGGAAGUAUUAAAAACUUCUGGUCACGUUGAUAAAUUUACUGAUUGGAUGGUUAAAGACUUAAAGAUUGGUGAAAUAUUUCGAGCUGAUCACCUUGUUGAAGCCGUAUUAGAAACUAGACUUGACGGUGACAAACAAGCUAGGAAAGCUGAAGCAGAAGGUAGUGUUCAACCAGAGAAAAACAAAAAGGAAAAGAAGAAAGGUAAGAUUCAGACGGCGGUGAAAUUGGAAGAUUCUGUUAAAGCGGAUUAUGAGGAAAUAUUAGCAAAGAUCGAUAAUUAUUCUGGUAUUGAACUUGGUGCAAUUAUACGUAAACAUGGUAUAAAAAACCCUGAAACGGGUAAUGACCUAUCUGAUCCCGUAGAAUUUAAUUUAAUGUUCGAGAGUAACAUCGGUCCUACUGGGCACCUAAAAGGUUAUCUUCGACCAGAAACGGCUCAAGGUCAAUUUUUAAAUUUUAAAAGGUUUCUUGAAUUCAACAAUGAUAAAAUGCCUUUCGCCUCGGCCUCGAUUGGCCGUUCAUUUAGGAACGAAAUUAGUCCAAGAUCUGGUCUUCUAAGAGUCAGGGAAUUUGUGAUGGCUGAAAUUGAGCAUUACGUGGAUCCUAAUAAUAAGGAUCAUCCUCGAUUUAAUGAAAUAAAAGAUUUAAAACUUCGCUUCCUUCCUCGAGUUAUACAGGAUGAAGGUAAAACGGAACCUAUCGAAAUAACUGUCGAUGAAGCCAAAAUUGUAGACAACCAAACUCUUGGUUAUUUCCUAGCUAGAAUACAAUUAUUUUUGACUAAGCUUGGAAUUAAAUCAGAUAGGCUUCGAUUUCGUCAACAUAUGCUUAACGAAAUGGCUCAUUAUGCCUGUGAUUGUUGGGAUGCAGAAAUUCAAAGUAGCUAUGGAUGGAUUGAAUGUGUCGGUUGUGCCGAUAGAUCAGCAUAUGACUUAACGGUUCACUCAAAUCGUACUAAAGAAAAACUAAUAGUGCGAGAGAGUUUAGCCGAACCGAUUGUUUAUGAAAAAACUGUCUUGGAAAUUAAUAAAAAAGUUUUUGGCCCUAAAUUAAGGCAACAUGCUAAAUCUGUGGAAGAAUAUCUAACUAGCUUAAACGAAGAACAACUCGAGGCUUUGAAAAAAUCCUUACAAGAUGGAAAUGGUGGCACGAAAGUUCCUGGUAAAGAUGGCAACCAAUAUGAAAUCACGAACGAAUACUUAUCAAUUAACCGUCAAACUUUUACGGAACAUGUUAGGGAAUAUACUCCUAACGUAAUAGAGCCUUCGUUUGGUAUCGGUCGUAUUUUAUAUUCUUUAAUUGAACAUGUGUAUUGGACGCGCGAAGACGACGAACAGAGAGCAGUUCUGUCAUUUCCUCCGCGUGUUGCACCUUUUAAAUGUUUAUUGGUUCCUCUUAGUAACAAUCCAGCUUUUACUGACCUUGUUGCCGAUCUUUCUAAAAGGCUUCGUAUGCUAAGUAUUGCAAUUAAAGUUGAUGACUCUUCAAACUCUAUUGGACGUCGUUACGCACGUAACGAUGAACUUGGAACACCAUUCGCAGUUACAAUCGAUUUCCAAUCUGUGAAUGAUGGCACAGUAACAUUACGAGAACGGGAUACUACUAAACAAAUAAGAGAAAAUGUCGAUACCAUACUUCAGGUGCUAAAAGACUUGGUGGAGGAAAAUGUCACUUGGGAAAAGGUAAUGGAAUUAUACCCUACCUUUGUGACACAGCAAUUAGAAUAA